AUGCGUUCGACCCUCACCCAUGAUACAGAUCCGCUGCAACUUAUUAGGAGACGGCUCGGGAAGUCCAAGUCUUUGCAUGACUCUCUGUCCGGCCGCGCUUCACCUGACGGGAGUGAGAGCCCUGAGCUCCUGCAGCGGGAGCGUUCUAUAAGAACGAACCGACGGCAGAAAUUCAUCAAUUGUCUUCUGCAAGAGGAUAUAAACAUGCCUGAGCUCCGAAAGCUGGCCUGGCAAGGUAUCCCAGACGAGCUCCGACCGAUAGUAUGGCCACUGUUGCUCGGGCAUAUGCCGUCGAUCUCCGGACUGCGUUCAUCGACGCUCAAACGCAAACGGGAGGAGUACGCGUCCCUUGUUGAAGUGACCUUUGCCCGGGAUAGACAGCUCGACCAACAAAUAUGGCAUCAAAUUGAGAUUGAUGUCCCACGGACAAGGCCUGGCGUGCGACUAUGGAUGCACGCCUGUACGCAGCGGAGCCUGGAGCGCAUACUUUAUGUUUGGGCUAUCAGGCAUCCUGCGAGUGGAUACGUACAAGGAAUCAAUGACCUCGCAACGCCGUUUUUUCAAGUUUUUUUGUCUGCAUAUGUCGAUUCAGAAGCGGAAGACUUCGAUCCAACUAUCCUACCGCCUAGCGUCCUCAAUGCUAUCGAAGCGGAUUCUUACUUCUGCCUAUCUAGGUUAUUGGACGGGAUCCAGGACAAUUACAUCGCAGGGCAGCCUGGCAUACACCGGAGCGUGAAACGGAUGGCUGAGUUGGUCGCGCGCAUAGAUCCCCCUCUAGCUGCGCAUCUUGCUUCCCAGAAUGUGGAGUUUAUGCAAUUCGCAUUCAGGUGGAUGAAUUGCUUGCUUAUGAGGGAGAUCAGCGUCCGAAACACUAUCCGCAUGUGGGAUACGUAUCUGGCUGAAGGAGCCGAUGCUUUCUCGCAGUUUCAUCUCUAUGUAUGUUCCGCUUUCCUUGUGAAAUGGAGCGAGAAACUGCGACAGAUGGACUUCCAAGGCAUCAUUAUGUUCUUGCAGUCACUGCCUACACAAUCAUGGACGGAUCACGAUAUCGAGAUGCUACUCAGUGAAGCUUUUGUGCUGAGCUCCACUUGGCACAACGCCCAAAGCCACUUCAGCGGUCGAUAG